ACCUCUACCUUGCAGGCUGAGGUACUGUGGUGUUUAGAUGUAGCAAUGAAACACCACUCGUUCAACUCGAACGAAGGCAUAGGAGAGCUGUUCAGAAAUAUGUUCCCGGACUCCGAAAUCGCCAAAUCCUUCGCUUUGGGCAAGGAUAAAACCGGGUACAUAAUAAAAUUUGGCAUCGCACCCUAUUUUAAGAGGCAACUGGUUGAGGCCAUAAAUAAUGCCGGACCGUACGUCCUUAUGUUCGAUGAGAGCCUCAAUCAAUCGUCAAAGAAAAAACAAAUGGACAUACACAUUCGUUUUUUGGAGGAUGGUUGUGUACGCUCGAGGUAUUUUGGCUCACAAUUCCUGGGACAUGGGAGAGCUGACGAUCUGUUGCAGCACAUCAAAGAAUGUGUUGCAAAACUCAACAUGAGGCAGCUUCUCUCAGUAGGAAUGGAUGGCCCAAAUGUAAAUUUCAAACUCCUGGAUCUCCUUCAAAAGGAACAUGCUGAGCUGCAUGGAGGUGCUCAAGUCCUGAUGGUUGGGAGCUGUGGACUCCAUACCCUCCACAAUGCCAUGAAGGCAGGCUUUACAGGCUGGCAAAUUGACAAACUCCUGCGCGCUCUCCAUUACCUCUUCCACAACGUUCCUGCCCGGAGAGAGGACUACACCAACAUCACCGGGUCGUCCUGCUUUCCCCUCUCUUUCUGCGGCCACAGAUGGGUGGAAAAUGUGCCGGUUGCAGAGAGAGUCCUGGAAGUUUGGACCAUGAUUCAGAAGUUUGUCAAUGCUGUUGAGGAUAAGAAGGUCACAAAACCAAACACGGCCUCUUAUGAUGCCAUCCUGGCAGCACAAGGGGAUCCACUCUUAAUCCCAAAGCUUCAAUUCUUCCUCGCCAUUGCGAGAAGUUUUAACCCAUUUCUCAAGAAGUACCAAACAGACGAGCCAGUGUUGCCUUUUUUGGCAGAAGAUUUAACUGAGCUCCUGUUGAGUUUACUGCGGCGGUUCAUCAAAAGGGAACUCCUACAGGACCAAACCCCCCUGCAGCUGAUUAAAUUGGACAUCUCUGAGGAGAAGAACUGGGUCUCCCUCAAAAGGGUAGAUAUAGGCUUGGGGGCUGAAUCUGCCAUCAAGGUGAUGUCAUCAUUCAGCAAUUCACAUCCUUUCUCUCGGUCGUGGGCAGAGAAGAAGAAUUUGUUUCCUUCCAACCCCUGAGGCAGCGUCUGGAUGUCUUUCUCCACUCCAAACUCUGCACGUCCCACCCUGACCUGCUAAAGUUCUGCCAAAGUGCUCUCCUCCUGUCCCAUGGACAAGCCACAGUGGAGAGAGGCUUCUCAGUAAAUAAGGAGGUAGAAACGUGCAACCUCCGUGAUGAAUCUCUCGAAGCCCUCAGAUUAAUCUGCGAUAAGGUAAUUGUCUGUGGCGGCGUUCUGAAAGUUCCUCUGACCAAGGAGCUCCUGGCCUCUGCUGCUUCAUCGAGGUCACAAUACAGGCUAUACCUUGAUAGUGAGCGGAAAAAAAAGGAGAAUGCCACACAGGAGCUGAAGAGGAAAGCAGCAGAGAAAGAGCUGGAGGACCUCCGGAACCGGCGGCAGGUACUCCACAGUGUGUGCCAUUCACUCCAAAAUGACGCCGACAAAUAUGCAGAGAUGGCCGAGGGAAAGGCAGGAACAAAGAUGGCUGAGCUCAUCACAAAAUCAAACACUUUUCGGAGAAGACACAGGGGAAAAAAAGCAGAACUUCUCCAAGUGGAUAAAAUGAUUGAAGAAAAGGCCACACAGUUGAGGCACUUGUGACCCUGCUGGCUAACUGUUGUUUAAGUUCUCUCUCUCUCUCUCUCGGACAGUUUUUGCGUCCAGUUGAAGUUAAAGUUAUUUCUUUGUUAAUAAGAUAUUGUAAUUACAGUGAAAGUUGCACUUUAUUAUUAUCUAGUUUAUUCUUUUUUUUCAAGGCCCUAAUUUAACCACUUGAAAUUAGUUUUUGUUAUGCAAUUGUUACUUUUUGACAUUUUGAGUAAAAACUAUGGACCAAG